AUUUUUUUUUUUCAGAGACAUCUCUCUCUCUUCUUGUGUCCUUCAUUUACACAUUGGCUGUGACAGAGUGACAAUAGUGCGAUAGUUCACGCUGGUGAAUCUGUCCUUUUCUAUUCCCAGCAGGAUGGUACUCUGUACAUCUCUAUUCAGAGCAGCAUGAGACUUUGCAUUGUGGUUACUUGCAUGUAAUGUGGAUUUGCAGAAAUGGCUUUGGUACCUUAUGAUGGCCAUAUACUGAGUGGCCUGAAGAAGUUUCACAAUUCCAGCGCCACCUACACCUUCUCCAACCACACUAUACGGAUCAAGCAGGACUGGAAAGAGCUGGGAGUGGCAGCAGUUGUCUGGGAUGCAGCCGUGGUUCUCUGUAUGUACCUAGAAGCUGGAGGAGUUGACUUGCAGGGACGUUCUGUAGUUGAAUUGGGAGCAGGGACUGGAUUGGUUGGAAUUGUGGCAGCGUUACUGGGUGCUAAUGUUACUGUGACUGAUAGAGAAUUGGCAGUGGAAUUUCUCAAAUCAAAUGUUCAAGAUAAUCUGCCCAAAGAAUUAGAGCACAAAAUGUCUGUGAAACCACUGAACUGGGGAACCGGACUUGAGCAUUUUUCUCAUUUUGAUGUGAUACUAGGAGCAGAUCUAAUCUAUCUUGAAGAAACAUUCCAAGACCUUUUAAAGACUAUAAUCCACCUGAGUACAGAGCGCACUGUGAUAUUGUUGUCUUGUAGACUCCGAUACCAGCGUGACCACAACUUUUUAGAUAUGAUGAGAAAACAUUUUACUGUGGAUCAAGUCCAUUAUGACAAAAAUGUAGAUGUUUACAUCUAUAAGGCUCAGAAGGCUCAAAGAGAAGAGUUUUGAAAGACAGCAGGGAUGCUUAAAGGAAAAGUGUCACCAAAAAGGUUUUCUGCCAGUUAAACCCAGAUAGCAACACAUCGUUUUUAUCUAAUCUGUUUUUAUUUUCUGAUUGUAGAUUUAUUUAUUCUAUUUACUGAACAUGACCAUCGGCCAUCUUGCCUGA